UCUAUUCAUGAACGUUUACCGGCAGUAGUUCAUUUAGCCGUUCAUUUGGAAAAUGGACAAAGAGUAUAUUUUUAUAAUAAUGAAAAUCUCCAAGAUCGUGUGAACAAUCCUUCAUCAACGACACUUACAGCGUUCUUUGAUCUCUGCAAAAGCGACGAUUUCGCAAAAACCCUUUUAUAUCACGAAGUUCCCCAGUAUUACGUUUGGCAAAGAAAUUCAUUUUCUAGAAGAAGACGCGGGCAAGAUGUUGAGGGAUAUCCCGGUGUAAAAAAAGACACAACUUUAGGCCGUGUUUAUAACAUUCAUCCAACUCAAACUGAAUGUUUUUAUUUAAGAAUGUUAUUGCAAUAUGUUCGCGGUCCAAUGUCAUUUCAACAUCUAAGAACCGUGAAUGGUGUUAUUUUCCAAACGUACCAAGGCGCUUGCAAGGAAUUAGGUUUACUGGAGGGAGAUGAACAUUGGCAAAAUACCAUGUCCGAUGCUAUCAUAUCCGAGCCAGCUACAAAAUUAAGAGAAUUAUUUACCACUAUCCUUAUAUUUUGCCAACCCUCUGAUCCCUUAGAGUUAUGGAAUAAAUUUCGUGAUGCUUUAUGUGAAGAUAUAUUAAACAGAAUGCGUAAUGAGAAUCAGGAUAUGACAUUAGCAUAUAAUGAUGAUAUAUACAAUGAUGGACUAAUCAUAAUUGAAGAUCAAAUUCAUGAGUUUUCAGAUAAAUCCCUAUCCGACUUUGGGCUUCCUGCAGCAAAAAGAAAUAACUCGCUUCUGGACCCAUUAGAAAUAGCGUUGCGAAAACCAUAUAACAUAAAUGAAUUGAAUGAGUAUAUCGCACAAAAUGAACCAAGAUUAAUUAAUGACCAGGUGACAACGUAUAAUUGUGUCAUGAACAGUGUACGUUUUAAUGAAGGAAGAAUUUUCUUUUUGGAUGCUCCCGGUGGGACCGGCAAGACGUUUAUCACUAAUCUUAUAUUAGCAAAAGUAAGGUCUCUGGGAAAGCUAGCCUUGGCAGUAGCGUCGUCAGGUAUUGCUGCAACCUUAUUAGCAGGUGGACGCACAGCUCAUUCCACUUUUAAACUGCCCCUGACUGUGUCUUUAGAGAAAGAUAGCGUGUGCUCUAUACGCAAAAAUGGCCCCUUGGGGAAAAUUUUACAAGACGUCAGUCUAAUAAUCUGGGACGAAUGUACCAUGAUACAUAGAGCUCACGUAGAAGCUCUAGACAGAACUCUUAGAGAUCUUAGAAGCUGUGAUAAAAUCAUGGGUGGGAUUACUGUUAUGUUUGCUGGGGACUUUCGCCAAACUUUACCGGUAAUAGUAAGAGGAACUAGAGCAGACAUUGUGAAGGCUUGCCUUAAAAGUUCUCCAUUAUGGAAAUUUGUAAAUAUUUUAAAAUUAUCAACAAAUAUGAGAGCACAUUUGGGGGGAGGUAGUAUAACUUUCCCUUCAAAAUUACUUUCUGUAGGAGACGGGAAUAUACCUCAUUCUAAUAAUAAAAUUGAAAUUGAUUGCGAUUUAGGAGUAAAAGUGGGUAACAUCGAGGAAUUAGUAACUAAGGUAUACCCUGACAUCAGCCAAAUAGAAAACAAGGACCAUCAAUGGAUGUGUCAAAGAGCAAUAUUGGCGGCAAGAAAUAGUAGCGUUGACGAAAUAAAUGAUAUCAUUUUGAGUAAACUCCCGGGAGAUAUUGUAACCUACACAUCCAUUGAUACCGUGAUGGAUCAAGAAGAUGUAGUUCAUUACCCACAGGAGUUCCUCAAUUCCUUGAACCCAAGCGGCCUUCCCCCACAUUCUCUUAAGUUAAAAAUAGGUGCCCCAAUAAUUUUACUAAGAAAUCUCAAACCACCAAAUUUAUGCAACGGGACCCGACUUCAAGUAAAAUUUCUGCGCAAUAACGUCAUCGUUGCAAUAGUUUUGACUGGUCCAGCAGUUGGUCAAACGGUCCUCAUACCCCGCAUCCCAAUGAUACCCAACGACUUACCCUUCAAUUUUAAAAGAAUACAAUUUCCGCUUAAAUUAUCUUUCGCAGUCACAAUAAAUAAAUCACAGGGGCAAACAUUCAAACACGUGGGGAUCGAUUUACGCCAAGACUGUUUUUCGCACGGCCAGUUAUAUGUCGCGUUAUCAAGAUCGGGUUGUGGCGAAAAUCAAUAUGUUCUUCUGCCACAAGAUAAUAAAACAAAAAAUGUAGUAUAUGCAGAAGUUCUUUAA